CUGGUUCAAACCACAGAGGCCUUGAUUCUAUGUUUUUAAAUAUUUGUUAUUUAUUUUGACAGUUUAUCAAUUCUAAAGACAAAUAUUUACAUAGUGGGGACUUACUUGGUACUUGUGGUACAAAUAUUUAUAAAACACUUCUGUGUUUUUGCCUGCCCAGUAAUGUGAUGAUAAUGAAUCCUCAACUUCAGAAUUGGUGAACAACUAAUUUGCUUUUGUUUUUUCUUUAGGAGAAUCAGUUUUAGAAGUGUUUGAAGAUUUCUAUCACUUACAAUAGAAUAUUCAAAAUAGACACCAGGGGCCAGUUCUCUCCUCAGGUUAGCUCGAGAUGGCAGACCAGAGGCAACGCUCGCUCUCUACCUCUGGGGAGUCCUUGUACCACGUGCUGGGGCUGGACAAAAAUGCCACUUCAGAUGAUAUCAAAAAGUCUUACAGGAAACUGGCAUUGAAAUAUCAUCCUGAUAAAAACCCUGAUAAUCCAGAGGCAGCAGAAAAAUUUAAAGAGAUCAAUAAUGCCCACGCAAUAUUGACCGAUGCCACAAAGCGGAACAUUUACGAUAAGUAUGGGUCUCUGGGGCUCUAUGUAGCAGAGCAGUUUGGUGAAGAAAAUGUGAACACAUACUUCGUGCUGUCCAGCUGGUGGGCAAAGGCCUUGUUUGUGUUCUGUGGGCUCAUCACAGGCUGCUACUGCUGCUGCUGUCUGUGCUGCUGCUGUAAUUGUUGCUGUGGAAAGUGUAAACCGAAACCCCCCGAAGGCGAAGAGCAGGAAUUCUACGUCUCUCCAGAGGACUUGGAGGCACAGUUGCAGUCAGAUGAAAGGGAGGCCUCAGACGCACCUAUUGUGAUACAGCCAGCAUCAGCCACAGAGACAACCCAGCUCACAGCUGACUCGCACCCCAGCUACCACACUGAUGGAUUUAAUUAAGUUAAGGAAACACUGUCAUUAGAAUGGAUAAAAAAAAAAAAAUACAUGGCCAACUCAACACUAGAAUCAUGAACAUUAGAAGUAGAGAAUGGGGAGGGGGAAUAAUUCUGCCACAGUAAGAGGGCAGCUUUCCAACCUGCCGAAAAUAUUUUGUAAUCCCUUCAGCCUUUUGUCACCUUUCAGUGUCGUAUCUCAACGAUACGUGAAGUGCUGUAGCAUGCAGUAUUUAAAGCAGUUUAGCUACGGUCUUAUUUGUUUCCUUCUUUUUUUUUUUUUUUUUUUUUCCUCCUGUUUUGUUUUGUUUUUUGUUUUUUUAUAGCAUGUAUGGAGUUAUGUUAAAUGUCUGUGGUGUAAUGUAUUGAGUUGUCACAAUAUCAGUGCGGUGGAGACAUUCUGCAUUUUAAGCAGCAGUACUGGCCUAAAAAUGAGAUUUAAAAAGUGUCACAGAAGCCACUGUUCUUCUGUACAGCUGAGCUGUCGAAGACCUUUAGAAGUUGAGGAUUUUCAUUUGAGUGCAACAAACCAAUUCUUUCAUUCCUCCUCCUAUUCCUGCAUUAUUAUCUAAGCAAGUUUACAAAGCCAAGAACCAAAAAAUGCCAGUCCUGCAGAGCUGGAGUCCUCUCUAAUGCUGGUUUUCAGCUUAAAUAAAUCUACCUUGAAAAAUAAAAAGGGAGAGUUGCCAAUCUUUGAACAGUAAAUUGAACAGCUCGUUGUGUAUGAGGCGAUCUCCAGUGACAAUGGAACCAAAACCUACUGGGAAUGGGCUCCUGUGGUGGUGGCAGUGGGAUUUUAACUCCAAGCACAAUUCUGUUUUCAUUUGAGUUCAGUUGUUUUCCUGUAAUGCUAAAGACCAAAUAGUGCAGCUUUGUUUCUGAAUGCAUGAGAAUCUUAAAGUGAAACUGGUUAACUGGCUCUCACUGAGCAAAUGGUAAAAUGCAGACAGUAGGCAACAGCAGAAAUGUUUAAAAACAACUGGUGUUUAAAAAUUUGUUCUAAUAAUUUGAGACUUUAAUAGGCAAGUGUCUUUUUUUUAAAGCUUUUGUAAUACACUAACCCUUUAAUUUAAUUAACAUCUUUGUGGAGUACUUAAAUGGGUUUUAAAGAACAAACCACCUUUCUUUGUGUUUAUAUUGUAUAAUUUGCACAUUGUCUUGCAUUUAGAUUUGUUUACACCAUUGUUUCUCUUUUCUUUGGAACAACUACGAGGAAACCACUGAAAGGUUUCCUGUACUAUUUUGAAACCAAAUCAAGUCUGAAUUCUGUUCUAGAAACUGUGGUUUACUGAGGUUUAACUGUUAAAAAGGCAUUUUAGGCAGCUGCUGAAUUACUGGUGUAUUUUGUUGUCAAUAGUCCUGCUUUAGGUGAUCCAGAGUCAGAUCUAGAACAGCUCCAGAGAACCCACACUUGGCACUUUCAGUGGGUAAUUACAGCCUUGUUAAUUUUAAUUGUUACGGUUUUAUAUCACAAUGCCUCUACUGUCCCUUGUACCCCCAUCCCCCUGAUCUGUUUCCCCCUCUUUCUGUGGAGGGGCUGUUGGCACCUUCCCCCCGUGUCUGCUUCUCCUUCACCAGCUCCAGGUGGUGCUUUGAAGCAGGGUAAAGAUCCGCUGGUCUGCACAAAGACUGCCAGGAAAGGGCAGGGACCCAGAGAACUAUUCUGAAUAUAUUUUCCUGCUGUCUUUGCAUGAGCAACGUGAAAUCUGCCAUGAAACCAUGUUAAACGUGCUGGGUAGGAGAACAUGUUCUCCCCAAGGUCUCAGUGCUCAGUGAGGAGUGUUUGCAACCCAGAUUUUGCUGUGGCUGUUGGUACAAGCACAUAUUUGCCUGCAUGGGAGCUUGCUGCAGAUCAGCAUGAUUUUAGUACAAUAUCCAGCCCCCAAAAUUCCCCAAAAAAUCUGUUACUUUUAAUUUAUGGCUCGAUUUCAGCAGCACACUCCUUAAGUCAUUUCUUCUUUGCCCAUAGUCCUUACAGACCUGAAAUGUGGUGGUUUAGUGCUAGAUACUUUUAUCUUUCGACUUGGAUGGCCUUGAGGACAUUUGUGCAUGAUUUGGCUGGAGGUCCUUAUUUAGUUAAUGUCUUUCUUUGACCCCUUGUAACUAAAAGCCAUCUUUAGGCUUAAACCCAAUAUAAUUUUGUCUGUCCCUGUAGAUUUCUCCUGAAGCCUGUUCUUGGUGUAAAAUUGCACUCUGGAAUACGAUGGGGCAUGUGCAGGCUUUGUCCUCUCCACAUUUACUGGUUAAAAUUGCCUGCAUCUGCAAAUUGUGUUCUUGGUUAAAAAAAAAAAAAAGGUAUUGAGGUUUUUUGGCUUUGUAAAUCAAUGUGGCUCAUCAGGGCAAGUCAGUGAAUGAGGGAGGGGCUCUUUCCUGGAAGCUGUUCCGUUCCCUGUCCCUGUGUUCAUCUCAGUGGAUAAUACAGAGAUGGUUGUUGGGUGUUGCUCUGCAGCAGAGCAGCUUUGCCCCCAGUGCUGGGGGUUGGUUGUCACUGUUAAUUUGGAAUAAUGCUCUUAUUUCUUAACCUCUCUGGGCUGUUUCCAGAGAAUUGGAGAUGCUGCUGGGAAAUUGUGGCUCCACAGAGGUGUGUGACACACCUGGAAUCACUCUACAGGCUCCUGACAAGGGAACUGAAGUGUGGGCAGCACAUGAGGACCAGAGGCAGAACAGUUAUCUGUGGGGAAAGAUGACAUCCAGGAUAAGUUUGCAGUUCUAGAUCUUUGCUUAGCAAGGGAUGAGUUUGGAGAGAGACUGCUUUCCUGUUGGUUCUGUCUGUGGGUGGUGUGUGAACAGGAAAUUGGUCUGUUACAUGCCAGAGUGAUGUUAGAUGCUCCAAGGGAAACCGUUCUGAGAUCUCACUUACAGGGAAUGAUGGGAAAACAUAAUUCUAGAGGAGUAUUCAUGUUUUUUGAAGCUCUUUCAAGUCUGCCCAUGUUGCUGCUUAAUCUCUGAGUUUUGGAUCAUUGUGUAUUAGUGAAGUUCUUCUUGAACAAUGUAAGGAAGUGAUUUAAACAUUCCUUCUUUGAAGCCAAAACCGUGUCAUGGCACAUAAGUACAUUAAUGCCCACUUUUCCCCUCUUGAAGGGAGGGUGCAAGAGAACCCUGGGCUCUAACGCGAGUUGCACUUCAUAAUGGCCAAGUGGAAUCCUAGUAAAUGCAAAGUUCUAUUGGGAAUAAUGGUUUAAAAUCUGGCAGAGAAGCUCAGCCAGGAAUGCUGAGCUUGGGCAAGGGGAGUUGCUGCAGCCUGACCUGGCUUAGUGCAGAAUGUUUCCCUCCAAAAUCAACCCUGACCACUGUCCAUCUCAGUCCGGUGUUUUGCCAGAAUUAAAACUUGAGCUUGGAUUUUAUUUAUUUAUUUGUUUCUUUAAAGUUGUAUCAUUUGUACAAGUUGCCUGAGUCCUCCAUUCCAGUUGUUUGGCUGCCUCCAUCCAGCUCCUCCAACCUCUCCAGCACUGAUUUCCUUAGCACCUGUAGCUAAGGGUGAAUCCCAGCUGGAGAGUUUGGUGUUCAGGAUACUGAUUUAUCCCUGUGUUGCAUGGCGAGCCAUUCCUAGAUUAGGUGAGGAGGGAAAGCUGCUGCUGAGAGUGCUCAGGUGCCAGCUGUCCCUCCUGGCACAUGGAGCUGCUGGAAAAGGAGGUGCUGGAUCUGUCCUGCCCAUCCUCUCUAGGGAUGGGAACAUCCUAAACACACUGUACUGAAGGGGCAUUACACCCCUUAAAUGCCAGUCUCAUUUUGUUAGUGAUAUUUGUAGGAAAUUCUUAAAUAUUUAUCUGUAUAUAAAUAUAUGUAAGACCUCGUGGCAUCCCAUAGGGUGUCGGUUUUUGCUGGUCCCAUGCGGUGAUGUUUUAAAGCCAUGUUCCCUUUUUAGUCUUUUUUUAGAUUUGUAGUCUUUUAAAACUGCUUUAGAUAUUAGCACUCCUAGUGUUCUUAAAGUGGGAUCCUCUUGGAGGUUUGGAGGGACAGAACAGAGGAGGAGGGCUUGGGCAUGGUACAGAAACACUCAGUCCUGAAGCAGGGCUGUGGUCGGGGGAGUGCAGCUCUCCAAAACUUUCCUGUCAGCCUGUAAACACCUCACACAGGUGUAACCAGGGCAGGAGCCUGACAGAAAAACUAUUCCUGUCCCAUCUGUGAGGCAGUUUAGUGGUGUGGGAGGGACACCUGUGCACUCUGAGGGGCUGUUCCAGAGCAUUUAUACCAGGUACACUCCUUGAGAGCGGCACCUGCUUCUCUCAACUACUUUGUGCCCUUCCUCUGGUGCCCUUUGACCUUUUUGCCAAGUUCUGGAUAAUUUAGGAAAUUUUGCUGCAGGUUUUUUGUACCCAGUGCACCUGUAUCUUGGCAUCAUGUUUAACAGGUCACUCUGGCAGGGUGGUCUGGGCAGUUUGCAGCCCCCACCUCAUGUCAGUAAUUCCCAAUGGUGUUUAAAUGCAUUAAUCUUGGAGCACUGAACCGUAACCCCGCAGUUAUAGUUUAUAGUGUCAGGUCGAUAUAAACUUCACGUGCUUCAGCAUCUGGUGCUGCUUCUCUGUAUUCUAGUGGAGAUCAUCUAGUUUGUAGUAUCUCAUUGCACCAACAGCUGCUUAAAAUCUCUCAAAAGAAUCGUAGCCAGUAGCUCACCAGGUGGCAGGAAAUUUGUCAGUGUUCAGCUCCCACAAGAUCCAUGGUCCCCUCCACGAGCUGCCUUUGGAGGCUUUCUGGGACUGUCUGGGACUCAGCAAGACUGCAAUUCCUGUGUUCUUCCAAGAAGACACUUCCUUUACGAGGAGAAGCCACAGGAGGGAAGCUGGCUGUCUGAUGUUUGCACAAGUCAAUUGCCAGAAAUCUGGAAGAUGAACUUUCAUUAUGCCAAUGUUACAUGCACAGUUCAUUUUGGUGUUCAAAGGAUAGAUGCUGGGAAUUUCUGGUGGUUAUAUAUAUAUAUAUGUAUGUAUAUGUAUAGAGGAAGCUCUUAUAUAAACUGGCUGUUCAUUCCCGAGUGCCGUUGUCUUCUCUGCUCCCUCUCCCAGCCCUGUGGGUGUUCUGUUGCAGUCUGUGAGCGGUUGCUUGUCAAACCAUUCCAAAAACUUAACAAUCUACUUGAAUUCCAUGAGCUGCCCUUUGUCCCAGCUCCUCUGGAUGGAACAGACCUCUGCCUGCUCCAGCUUUCCUUGGGAGGGGAGAAGGGAGAGCUGGCAGAGGGCACAGAGGCAGCUCUGGAGUGACUGGAACUUGUGCAACUGGCACAUGGGGUGUUUAGAUGUGGUUAAUGUGAUCAUCACUGAAGCUGUGAUAGAACACAUGGAUUUGGCUUUUUCCCUAGGCUUCACCACGCGGGACUCCCCAGAACAGGGCUGGGUGAGCUCAUGGAGCAAGGUCCACCCUGUGCUGAGGGCGUGGGCUGCAACAUCACGUGUGUGUAUGUAUGUAUAUAUGCACAUAUGUAUAUAUUUAUACAACAGGUGUGCACCUUGGGUUUUUCUUUGGUGGUAAAAACAUGAGAUUUGGCUCCAAGUAGUGCUCUGAACUCAGCCAGGCAGGGGAAAGGUGUGAGUUUUGUGUGGCCACAAAUUUGUGCUUCUUUGCUCUCAGCUGCAGGAAAACCCAAACCCGACCUGUGGUGUUGAGGGACUGGUGAGGACAUGGUGAAGGAGCCUGUUGUAUAAAUAAAUGGGUCCUAGGAGCAGGAGAAGCAUCUCCUGCUCCCCACACCCUGCUUGGGGAGUUCCCACAUGAGCAGCAUGGGGUUUGCACAGCCAGGUGCUGUCCCUCCUCUUGCAGGUUGGUUCCAUAAGGAUUUGGAGUUACUGAAAUUCCUACACCUGAAGCUGGCAGUGAUCCAUGUGAAGGCACAACGGUUGUGACUGAUGCACAUGUGAGUCCCACCAUGUCCCCUCUAGCCAUGCUGGAUAGAGUCCCCACUGCUGUCCUCCUCCUCAGGCUGUUCCUGCUAGGGGCUGUUCCUGACAUGCAGCAUACCAGGGGUUCCUGGUUCACGGCAGAAAUGAGGGAAUAUUGGGGAGAUUUUUACUGCUGGCACCUCUGAAGUUCUGUUUGUGACCGUCACAACUGAUGAACUCCAAGUUUGCCAAUUCCAAACGUGCUGUUUCCGUGCUGGAUGCUGAGCUGAUCACUGUCAUUCCUUCCUCCCUCUCACCCCAUCAUUGCCUGCCUUGCUGGGGCAGGGUGUGGAUGGGUUGGUUGGUGUCACUGCUGACAUCCCAGGCAGUUUAUGUUCAUUUUGCAUGUGAGCAAGGCCCUGAACUGUGUCAUUCCUUGUGAGGUUUGUUUUCCUGGCCCCUUAAUGGAGCCAGAGGGAGCUGAGGAUGCCAGGAGAGACUCGCCUGCAUUUGCACUGCACUUCAACUCGGGCGGGGGAUAGAGGGAGCCCAUCUUUAAAAAAAGAAAAAAAUAGUUUAAAAAAACCCCAAACCAAACCCACCACAAUCGAAGUAUAAAUGCAUCUGAGAAGCAAAUAUAAUAUAGACAUAUAUCUAUUUUGUUAUGUUACUAAAGGACCAUACUUUGAGUUGUCUGUAAGUAGACGUGGCUGUCUGAACUUUGUGGAUUGUAACACUCGAUACUACUGAGCUCCUGUACAUACCCGUGGCGACAGCAGAAGGAAUUAUUUUCUGUUUUAGCAUGGUAAUUUGUGUCUUGUAUGUCCGAAUAUAAACUAAAAUAAAGAUUGCUAAGUUAUCGGAAACCACUGUUGUAAAAUAAAUGUUUUCAAUGCAGAAAUGCC